AUGCGAGGAUGUCUGCAGACAGUCAGAUGGCUGACUUCAGCAUGGCAGCGGCCGCCAUCGUAUCCCCCGCUAUCUAGAGCUGCUCCAUGUCGGUUCUUCAACGUCUCUAUUCCCCGCAAUGAGCAAAGCAGGAAGCCAGUCUCAGAUCUGGAACGGCGCAUCGCAGCCAUUCCCAUCGACCGGUUCCGAAACUUCUGCAUCGUUGCCCACGUUGACCACGGCAAGAGCACUCUGUCUGACCGACUUCUCGAGCUUACAGGCACCAUCCAGCCUGGGGGAAACAAGCAAGUUCUAGAUAAGUUGGAUGUCGAACGAGAGCGGGGCAUUACCGUCAAGGCUCAAACUUGCACCAUGCUUUACAAUUACAGGGGCGAAGACUACCUGCUACAUCUAGUCGAUACUCCUGGUCAUGUCGAUUUCCGGGCUGAGGUGUCCCGCAGUUAUGCAAGUUGCGGAGGGGCGCUGCUCCUCGUAGAUGCCAGCCAGGGUGUCCAAGCUCAGACGGUAGCGAACUUUUAUCUUGCCUUUGCCGAGGGCCUCAAGUUGGUGCCGGUCAUAAACAAGGUGGAUCUGCCAUCCGCAGAUCCUGUUCGUGCCUUGGACCAAAUGGCAAACACUUUCGAGUUGGACCCCAAAACUGCAGUGCUUGUAUCGGCAAAAACCGGUCAAAAUGUAGAACAGCUUUUGCCGACUGUUGUCGAACAGAUUCCUGCGCCUGUUGGGGUCCAUACGAAACCUCUGAGAAUGCUCCUUGUUGACUCAUGGUACUCGACCUACAAAGGAGUGAUUCUCCUCGUUCGUAUAUUUGAUGGGGAGGUCAGAGCAGGGGAUCACGUUGGAUCAUUGGCGACCGGGCUGAAGUAUCAUGUUGGCGAAGUUGGCAUCAUGUACCCCGGGCAAACCGCUCAAUCGGUCCUCCGGGCGGGGCAAGUUGGAUAUAUUUACUUCAAUCCCGCCAUGAAGCGCAGUCAGGAAGCUAAAGUGGGUGACACCUAUACAAAAGUCGGCUCAGAGAAACUAAUCGAACCGCUCCCGGGAUUCGAGGAGCCCAAAUCUAUGGUGUUUGUCGCUGCAUACCCUGUCGAUGCUAGCGAUUUCCCUCACCUUGAAGAUAGCAUUAAUCAGCUGCUCUUGAACGAUCGCAGCAUCACAUUACAGAAAGAGUCAUCCGAAGCAUUGGGCGCGGGCUUUCGACUUGGCUUUCUUGGGACUCUCCAUUGCUCCGUUUUCGAAGAUCGCCUAAGGCAGGAACAUGGCGCGAGCAUCAUUAUCACACCACCCACUGUUCCCUUUAAAGUCAUAUGGAAAGAUGGAAAGGAAGAAAUCAUCACAAAUCCCGCCCUUUUCCCAGAAGAAGACGCACUUCGGGCAAAAGUAGUUGAGUUGCAGGAACCUUUCGUUCUUGCCACCCUCACAUUCCCUGAAGAAUACCUCGGAAGAGUCAUCGAACUCUGCGAGUCUAAUCGAGGGGAGCAGAAGAGCCUUGAAUUCUUCACUGCAACCCAGGUGAUUCUUAAAUACGAAUUACCCCUUGCUCAGCUAGUCGAUGAUUUCUUUGGCAAGCUCAAAGGAUCCACCAAGGGCUACGCCAGCCUGGACUACGAGGAAUCCGGCUGGCGACGCAGCAGUAUUGCCAAGCUCCAACUGCUUGUUAACAAAGUUCCUGUUGACGCAGUGUCGCGAGUUGUGCAUUCCAGUCAGGUGCAGAAACUUGGGCGAGUGUGGGUCAGCAAAUUCAAGGAGCACGUUGACCGACAAAUGUUUGAAGUGGUGAUCCAGGCCGCAGUAGGGAGGAACAUUGUUGCGAGAGAGACGAUUAAGCCAUUUAGAAAAGACGUGUUGCAGAAGCUGCAUGCUGCCGAUGUUACGCGACGGAGGAAGCUUUUGGAGAAGCAAAAGGAGGGAAGAAAGAAGCUCAAGGCUGUUGGCAACGUGGUGAUUGAACAUAAGGCAUUCCAGGCGUUUUUGGCCAAAUGA